AUGUCCAGCACGGGUGAAAAUCAAGCAAUAUCGAGAACAUAUACCCACUACGAUGUCCUGCAACUCCCUCGCCACCCCGAAGAGUUUGGUCGUCUGUCGAAGGACGACAUCAAGGCCGCAUACCGACGUGCGCUACUCAAACACCACCCAGACAAAGCAUCCAGUACUACCGAGAAUGUCUCCCUGAAAUCCUUACGGAGCAAAGAUGCUACAACAUCAACACCCAUCUUCUCCAUCGAUGACAUCGUCGUCGCACAUGCGGUCCUAUCUGACUCUAAGAGACGUGCGGAAUAUAAUCGUGCUCUGGAUCGCGCCGUCAACUUUGGCGGAAACGAUCAGAGCGGCAAGAAAGACACACACAUUGGAGUAGAGGUCUAUGACCUCGAAGACCUAAGAUACAACGAAGUCCAGUCUAUCUGGUCCAAGAGCUGCCGUUGUGGUGACGAGGAAGGCUAUACCGUGACGGAGUCCGAUCUCGAGAAAGAGUCGCAGCAAGGCGAGAUCUAUGUGGGAUGUCGAGGGUGUAGUCUCUUCAUAAAGAUCUUGUUUGCUCUGGAAGACACAUGA